AUGGAGGCAGCUAGCAGAGCGUCCUGUAGAACGCAGUUAACGAAAAUAUGUAACACAGUGGAUGCAUAUUUUAAACAGGAAAUACUGCAAGAGCCAGACGUGGCAUCAAAGGAGUCAACUCUGAACAUUUAUUUAUCUCGCAUAAAUAAUGCGCAUCAGAGAUUGUUAAAAGCUGAUGAAAUCGUGCAAAGCAAAGUGACUCAAGAGGAUUGGGCACAGGAAUUUGAAACAGCGUUGGAGUAUGACGAUCGAGCAGUAGGUAUAACUGCAAAAAUUCAGUGUGAAUUGAAAAGGAUAAACAGCAAUUCUUAUGAAGAAGUAUUGCGCAACGAAAAUCCAUCUAGAACAAUCGUUAACAGUGAAACUAAUAUAAAAUUGAAGCCUCUGGAGCUUAAGAAAUUUGAUAGAAAUUUGGAAAAUUGGAUUCCAUUCUGGGAACAAUUUAAACAAGCAAUUCAUGAGAAUUCGAAAUUAGAUGCAGCUUCAAAAUUCAACUAUUUAAGUGACGCACUGGUAGGCAAAGCAGCGGCAACAAUAACGGGAUUUUUGCCGACAGAACGUUGUUAUGAUGACGCCAUAGAAUUACUCUUAGAAGAGUACGACGAUAGCGACAAAAUUGUAGACAAGUACAUACAAAAGUUGCUAAACAUAAGAGCCAUCAACUCAGCGAGCGACGUAAAGAGAAGUUCACAUUCAACUACCGCAAGUCGCACCAGACUAAACGAAAGUGAGCGAGCACUAGAGCAAAAUUGCGACAAUUUAGAAGCUCUCUUGGAAUACAUAAAAGUUGAUAUUGAAGCAUUAGAAACAGCUCAAAUAGUUGAGAGAGAUAAUAAGAAAUUUGAAGAGAAAAGAAUAUCGGAACAUAAACCAAGAGAUACAGCUGUUGGUUUGCAUGCUAGUUAUGAAGCAAAUCAAAUUAAAAAAAAAAUUCUUAAGGAGGAAGGUAGAUGCUUUAGAUGCACAAAUAAAAAUCACAAUGCAAAGUUCUGUAAAAACCAAUGGUUAAAGUGUACAAUAUGUAACGGUAGACAUUUAACAAUAAUGUGCGAGAAAAAACAUUUGAAAGAGAACCGAAAAAUUCAAGAGAAUGAGAGUUCUGAUAAAACGAAUAUUGUGGAGCAAGUAAUUGGAAAUAAGCAAAUGACAUCAUCACUAAAUGCUAUGAAAGCAGAGGAUAAUCAAAUUUACUUGCAAACAGUAAAAGCCAUUAUUGUAAACAAAAACAAUAAUACAGAAGUUUUGUCACGUUGCAUUAUGGACAACGGCAGUCAACGAACAUACAUAACUGAAGAACUUGUCAACAAUUUAAAUAUGCCUGCAAUUGGUUAUGAAGAAUUUAAAAUCUUAGGAUUCGGCGAAUUGAACGAAAAUAAGUCUGCUAAGCAAGCAAUAGGAAUUGUUAAUAAUGAUGAUGUAGCUAUAUUAAAUACAGUUACUAGCAUAAAAAAGAUUGAUAGUCGUUAUACAACUAAUUUGCCUUGGAAAUUAGAAAAAUCUAAAUUAAAUAACAACAAAAUUAAUGCCGAAAGAAGACUGAAGAAUUUAACUACGAAAUUAAUUUCAAAUAAAGAAAAGUUGUUGGAGUACCACAAUGGUAUCUUAGAAUUAUUACAAGGAGGAAUUGCUGAAAGGGUAAGUAGCAAUUUGAGUGAUAUAACUUCAUACUACAUGCCACAUAGACCAGUAUAUCGUGAAGAUAAAACAACUUCAAAGAUGCGUAUAGUUUUUGAUGCGUCAUCAAGAGUGGCGGAGCAUGGAUCGUUUCGUUCAAAGAGAAUUGCUACGACAGCAGAUAUUGAGAAGGCAUUUUUGCAAAUUGCUAUAGACGAAAGCGAUCGCGAUACACAUAGAUUUUUAUGGUAUGACAAAAUGCCAAGUAUAAACGAACAACUGCCAAAUAUUGUAGAAAUGCGUAUGACGAGAUUGGAACUCACGACAGCUGUUAUUGCAGCACGACUUAAAGCAUUUUUAUCAGAGUCUCUAGAGUUACAAAUUGAUAAAUACUACCUAUGGUCUGAUUCAACAAUUACACUUAAUUGGAUUAUGGGAUGCGGAAAUAAAAUAAAGCCAUACGUUACAACAAGAGUUAAAGAAAUUUUAAAAUUAACUAACAUUUACGAAUGGAAACAUUGCGAUGGCAAAAGCAAUCCUGCUGAUUUUUUAACUAGAGGUUGUACAACCAAAAAUUUGUUUAAUAAUGAAUUAUGGAAAAAUGGUCCGAGCUGGAUAUCGGCAAAGGAAAUACAUUCUGCAAGCAAAAAGAGUAUGAAUGAUAUUUUAUUAACAUUUUCGAACCUGAAUGAAAACAUUGUCAAUCAAAGCGAAUCUUUUGAAACAAUAAACAAAUAUAGUAACAUAAAAAAGUGUUAA